AUGAUGGGCUCCGUGGUACCGCUCAGUUCGCCCGCUUGGGACCUCAAUCUGUCCGCGGGACAAAACCUCCUGGGCCAUGGCUCGCCCACCCCCUCACACAGCCGCAAACGCCGUCUGUCGGUGACUCCGGAAGCCGGCGACAGCCACAUGGAGCACGAGUCACCUUCCAAGCCACGUCAGCAGUCGCCGUUUGUACACAAGCGGGCGCGGGUCACACGGCAACUGCAGUCACGGCCGCUGCCCAUGUCGCGGCUGCUGUCGUCGCUGGACCAGAAGACGCUGGUGUCGCUGCUGGAGGGCAUCUGUGCUCAGGACGACCGGGUGGCGCGCCAGGUGAUGGAAGUGACGCCCAAGCCCACAGUUUCGUCGGCCAUGGACGUUCUGUCGCGAGCGCUCGACCAGGCGUUUGCAUUGUUCCCCUACAAGGGCGACCACCAGAACGACUACGCCUUCUUCCGGGUGCGUCCGGCGCUGGAGGAGUUCCUGGCCGAGCUCAGCGACUACCUGUCACACUUUCUGCCGCCCAACGAAACCCAGGUGUCCAACUCCUUUGCAUUUCUGGACCAGGCCACGUCGCUGGUGCACCGCAUGCCCCAGUGGUCCAGCCCCGCCAACAACCGCCUCAAGGAAGAGACGUACGAACACAUUGACGUGGCAUGGACCCUGGUGUGCGAGGAGGCCGCCAAGCGCCAGAGAGGCUCACUGGCCAUGUCCGGUGUGGGCAACUGGCUCAUCCGGCUCGAAAAACACAACGAGCUGUCGGGCGACCGUCUCAAGACGUCGCUGCAUCUCCUCAGGGACAUGCUUGACGACCAGGGCUACCGGCCCCCCAACCCCUUUGCUUCAUUCAACGGCGCCCAGCAGCUUUUCACGGUCUAA